AUGGUUGGUACCUUAAGAAAAAAUGCAAAAGGAUUUCCAAAAGAUAUAACAAAUGCAAAAAUUAAAAAAGGUGAAAUUAAAGGUAAAGAAGAUGAUAAAGGUGUAGUGGUGAGCAUUUGGAAAGAUAAAAGGGAUGUUAGAAUGGUGUCAACUAAACAUGGUAUAGAAAUGAUUAGUACUGGAAAGACAAGUGUUGUAAUAAAAAAGCCAGAGGCUAUAAUUUUUUAUAAUAAGAACAAACAAGGGAUUGAUGUGUCAGAUCAAAUGACGAGUUAUUUUACAUCUCUUAGAAAAACCAUUAGAUGGUACUACAAAGUGGCAUUUCAACUUUUAUUGGGUACAGCUGUGGUAAAUUCAUUAUUAAUUUAUAAAGAAUUAACUGGAAAUAAAAUUCAGAUCUCAAAUUUUAGACAACAAAUUAUAGAAGAGUUAGUCAAAUCACAAGAUUUUAAUUUAGUUUCACCAUCUUCUAGAAAACAUAAAUUAAUUGAAACAGAUGAAAAAUUAGGACAAGGCAAUAAAAAUAAAAGGCGUAGGUGUGUCAAGUGCUAUGAAAAACUGGUCAGUGAAAAAGGAAGAGCAGUUGCACAAAAAACUUGUAAAACUACCACAUUAUAUUUCAAUUCUUGUGAAAAAAAUCCAGCCUUUUGUUUAGAAUGUUUCCAAGCUUCUCAUAAGUAA